AUGAACACGGAACCUCCGCGAUUGUUUCCAGAGUUGUGGGACUAUGUCAUAGAUAACUUCCGGGAUGAUAGGCAUACGCUCAAGGCCUGUGCGUUAACAGCUCACGCAUGGGUUGCAGCAGCACGCCUCCGUCUCUUCCACACUAUUGUGCUUAGAGACUUCUCGCGAUGUGUCCACUUCAUGAAGCACACUGAGGCUUUCCCUGCUAUCCCCGCAAGCUCACCAUGUUUCUUCCGAUCUCGAGGCAUCCACGCGUGGAUGACCUCAUAUUUCAGCUUUUGGUAA